AUGAGUUGGAUGCUCUCCGUCUGGGUGGCCACUGCCCUGCUGGCUCUCUGUAAGGGACAAGACACUGUGCAUGAAGGAAAUAGCCUGUCUGCGUCUGGCUACCAUCUAUGUGUUCACAAUGUGACAAGGAAUGUGAGUUUCCUGGUGAUGCACCCGGUCCCCUACAUCGUGACAAAGCCUUGCGGUGGCUGGAUCCUCUGGAAGACAUGUACGGUCACACUUUACAGGAUGACCCAUCAGACUGACCACAAGACAGUGAUGGAGCAGGUGACAGGAUGCUGCAGCGGCUAUGAACAAGUCGGCCGUUACUGCGCCCGGCCUGUAAACAGGAGUGACGAGUUCACUGCCAAGCCAGGAUCCUGUCCAACCGCAGAUGGAUUGUGUCCCAGAACUGAGGAGUGCGAGUGGGACAUGGACUGCCCAGGCUGGCAGAAAUGCUGCCACCGAUCGGGCCGAUUUCUCUGCAUUGAUCCUGCAAGCUCAGCAAACUAUUCUGAGAAUGGAGGAUACCGAUUUAAUGCAACCGUGACAGUAAAGACAGAUUACGAGCAACUGAUUUCCAGUGAAAGAGGACUUCUGAAUCACACACGAUUGCUACAAGCAAUGGUGACUGGAGCUCUGAAGUCUGAUGUUUCCGUUUAUUACCUCAGCUCACAGCCCGUGCAUCCCUACAGAACUGCCACCUCGCUGCUGAUUGAGUGCAACCUUGCUCUUUCACUGCACAAUGCCACGUCAAAGCUGCACCAUCUCCUCAAACACAUACAGGAGGUGACAUCUGUAAGCGUGGAAGAUGUGGAUGAGUGUGACCAGCCUGCUCUCCAACAGUGCUCCCCUCAUGCAGACUGUAACAACACAGUGGGCUCCUACCAUUGUUCAUGCCACCAGGGAUUUAUUAAUCUUGACCCCAGGAACCCUGGAGCCCAUUGUACAGCUGACGUCGGGGCGACGACCACCACAGAGCUCCCUCUUACCUCCCUUACGCCCAGGAACACAGCGUACACCCCAGCCUUCAACAGCACCCAAGAAGACCCUCUGAGCACAAGCUCAACUGUAGAGCCGCCUCUGCCGACAACCACAUGCUCGCCUCCCAGCAUCACCAGCGUGUGGUCGGCUAAUGUCACCGGAACCUCCUUCCGCAUCUACUGGUCGAGCCAGUUUCAGACGAACCAGACAUACCAGUUUGUUCUGAGGAACAGGUCAGAGGUCGUCCAGGAUUUCAUGACCAACCAGACCAUGGUGGAGGUUAGGGACAUGAAGCCUGGGAUGCUCUACAAUGUCACUGUCACGCCGUCUUCCUGCGGACGCCAAGGAGUCGCCCUUGGUAUAUCGGCCAAGACUGAUGCUCAAACUCUCGACGCCACAGCCCGACUCACCAACAUCCAGUUCACUUCUGAUCUGCACAACACCAGCAGCCAGGCCUACGAAAACCUCACUGAGAGCAUCAGAAAGGAGAUCUACCAGUCUCUGUCUCCAGAGAUGAAGGCCAUGGUGGAUUCCGGCCAGGUGAGAAUCGAGAUCAAAAGCUUUUCCCCGGGGAGUGUGGUGGUCAACUUCACCAUCGUCUUCGCCCCCAGUCAAAACCAAGACAUCGGUAAUGUGUCCACAGCUCUGCUGCACUCCCUGAUGAACAGCACCAAAUACACUGUGGAUGGAAACAACACAAGCACAAAUGAUUUCGAUGAAUGUGCUUCAGGAGAAAAUGACUGUUCCCAGUGGGCUACAUGUACAAACACCUGGGCCUCCUACACAUGUGUUUGCCUGGAUGGAUUUACUGACAACAACCCAGAAAGACCUGGGCGAGCCUGUCAAGAAAUCACAACAACCACCACUGCCCCAACAACCAACAUUACUGCCAAUGCAUUCACCCCUACUGCCCCAACAACCAGCAUGACUGCCCCAACAACAAACAUUACUGCCCCUGAAAUCAACCCUACUGCCCUAAUAACCAACAUUACUACCAAUGCAUCCACCCCUACUGCUCCAACAACCAACUUUAUUGCCUCAACAACAAACAUUACUACCAAUGCAUCCACCCCUACUGCUCCAACAACCAACUUUACUGCCCCAACAACAAACAUUACUACCAAUGCAUCCACCCCUACUGCUCCAGCAACCAACUUUACUGCCCCAACAACAAACAUUACUACCAAUGCAUUCACCCCUACUGCUCCAGCAACCAACUUUACUGCCCCAACAACAAACAUUACUACCAAUGCAUCCACCCCUACUGCUCCAGCAACCAACUUUACUGCCCCAACAACAAACAUUACUACCAAUGCAUCCACCCCUACUGCUCCAGCAACCAACUUUACUGCCCCAACAACAAACAUUACUACCAAUGCAUCCACCCCUACUGCUCCAACAACCAACUUUACUGCCCCAACAACAAACAUUACUACCAAUGCAUUCACCCCUACCGCGCCAGCAACCAAUAUGACUGCUCCAACAACCAACAAUAGUGCCCCUGAAAUCACCCCUACUGCUCCAACAACCAACAUGAUUGCCGCAACAACAAACAAUACUUCCCCUGAAAUCACACCAACUGCCCCAACAACCAAUAAUACUGCCCCAACAACCAACAAUACUGCCACUGUAAUCACCCCUACAACUCCAACAACCAACAUAACUGCCCCUGCAAAUACAACUACUACUCCCAUAACAUCUACUGCCCAAACAACCACAACUAUAACCACAGCCACAGCUACUGCAAUGAUAUCCAUGACUUCUAACCCUACAACCCCCGUUGCCAGCAUCACUCCCACCAUAACAGCUCCUACAACUACAACUGCCCCCAAUGACACUAUGCUGGGGGCCAUCUCAGUCCAGUGCAGGGUUGGUGCCAUCACUGUAACAAUUGCCAAGGAUUUUCUUCUGAGGAACAAGAUCAGGGAGCACACUCUAUACUUGGGCUUGCCGGAAUGUGCCAUCAAUGGAGGCAACGCCAGCCAUGCCCAGCUGACUGUGGCCUGGAAUGAGUGUGGUACCAGUCUUGUGCAUAAUGAAACCUACUACACGGCAUCUGUAACCCUGUUCAACAACAUGGAUAUGUCAGACAGCGGAGAAGAGGAGGUACCCAGAAUACGGCUGGAGGCUCCCAUCAUGUGUACAUACAUGAAGAGCAUCCUCAUCUCUGCUGACUUCGGCUCCAUGGGGUAUGACAUGAUCAAAGAUUUCAUCACAGGCUCGGGGACGUUCCAGGUGACCGUGCAGCUAAUGAACGGUACAAUACCUCUACCCAGCAACCACAGCCUAUCCUCUGGCGAUGCUGUGGUGGUGGAGGUCAGCCUCAGCAUCAACACCUCCUUAGAGCAGAUCAAAGUAAUCAUCAACAAAUGUUGGGCCACUCCAACCCAAAACCCUGAAGAUGCCUCCAGCCUCACCUUCCUGGAGAACAGCUGUUCCCUGAACCCAUACACAACCGUGUUGAUGAACGGCAACUCCACCACAUCACGUGUGUCUGUGCAGAUAUUCUCCAUCGUCAACCUGGAUGUGAUCUAUCUGCAUUGCCUGGUCCAGAUCUGUGUGGAGAUUGGAUCGGAUACCUGUGUGCCUGACUGUCUGCAAAGAACAGCUCGGUCAUCUAAAACAAUUGGAACAACUGUCGCUUCUUCUGGUGCUCUGCUGAGGUCAUCUGAUGAGUCCUUGGAUGAUGAUUAUAGCACUGUUUAUAUAGUGGGCCUCUCCUGUCUUGGAGUCGGCGUGACGCUUAUCCUCAUCAUCGGCUUCGUCUGCAUUUUCUACUUCCAGAGGAACCGCAUUGGACACUACAACUUCAGCGUCAAACCCAAGCAGGAGAACUUCACCUACCUUGUUUUUAACACCUAA